AUGGCGGGCCCAAGGAAGUGGCUCGCAAGUCGGGCCCAUCCCAACGCUGGGUACCCGACCAGAAUAACGACCAACCUCUGGUCGUUGGAUUUCGGCACACUGACUGGCCCGGAGACCAUGAACAUCAACAAGACAGUCACUUCUCACUGUGGCACCAACACCAUCAACGCCAUCAACGCCGAAGUCGACGUGUUGUCGAAGCGCCUUACCAUUUUUUUCCCGCUCCGGAUCAAAGUAACGGAGACGGACUUCACGACUCGAGAGUUCAAACUCUCGGCAGAUUUGAGUCUGAUCAAGACUGUUUCCCACGUUUUCAACGAAAAUGACCGAGAAUCACUUGUUCUUCGGUUCCCUCUCCCUCCCCAGUAUUUCUGGAAAACUCAUAACUUACCACCAAAUUCUCUUUUCACUCGCAACCCACCAGAUGUCUGGAGAAGAGCAACAGACAUUACUGAGGAUGAUACAGUCCCGAUGAAUUACCCAAUAUCCCUGAACAACACCAAAUCAGACCCAGCAUACUUGGAAGUUGGUCGUUGGACUGCCUUUCGCAUGACUCUUAAUACCACAAAUGACGCCACGAGGUGGGCUCUCGGGCACAUGAAACUGGCCUUGGAGGACCUCAAUAUCAGAAUCCAGGACAACAAUCAAGGAGAUGCACUGGCUCUUCUACAGCCUUCAAAGUUUCCGUUCGUCCACCUUGACUUUGAUGUCCGAUAUCAGCUCGAAGUAUGCGUCGGCCGUAGGGUGCUCAAUGAGCACACCAUCUCACUGGAAUUCCUCCAGAAACUGGCUAAACUGGAUCCCCUUGAUGCCAAGCGCAGGCUUGAGUUCCUCCUUGACCAAGGCGAAGUCAUGUAUGAUCCCAAAGAACUCUUCACAUGGUCAGCCGCCGCAUCAUACGUACCGAAUACAAGAAUCCCACACUACUGUGUGUUGGCACGAAAAGCUGCCAUCACCCCAACUACCAUCCUGUUGAGCUCUCCCAUCGUCGAGACUUCAAACAGAGUUCUCCGCUACUUUAAUCAUAUACAGGACCGCUUCUUAAGAGUACAGUUUGUUGAAGAGACAGAACUUGGCCGCAUAGCCAUGAGCUCUCGCAAUAAAGAAGACGUAUGGAAGAAGAUAUUCAGGACCUUGUACCAAGGCAUUCAAAUCGGUGAUCGUCGCUACGAAUUUCUGGCAUUCGGCAGUUCGCAACUCAGACAGUGCGGGGCGUACUUUUUCUGUCCGACAGAUCAUAUCUCAUGUGAUGAUAUUCGUCGGUGGAUGGGAGAAGUCGGCCACAUCAGAAUCGUCGCCAAGCAUGCUGCAAGGCUGGGCCAAUGUUUCUCUACUACAAGAGAGAUGAGGGGCCUUCCUGUCCCGGAUGUCCGACGUAUUCCUGACAUUGAAAGGAAUGGUUACUGUUUCACUGACGGGGUCGGUAUGAUAUCCGAAUUCAUGGCCCUGAUGAUCAUCGAAGAAAUGACCUUGGAUGUCUUCACCGAACCAUCGGCGUUUCAAUUUCGCAUGGGUGGAUGCAAAGGCGUUUUGGUAGUCUGGCCCCAGGCCAAGAAAGGAGAAGUCUACAUUCGUGAAUCUCAAGAGAAGUUCAGGGCCGACGUCAAGGGCCUAGAGAUUAUCAAAUGCGCCAAGUAUUCUUCCGCUACUCUCAAUCGACAGACAAUCACCAUUUUGGAGUGUCUCGGCGUAACCACACAGGCCUUCUUGGACGUCCUGGAGAAACAGAUUGGCCUCUACGAGGAAGCAAUCAAGGAUAACAACGUAGCAGUGGAUAUACUGACAAAAUGUGUUGACGAGAACCAAUCUACUCUAGUCUUAGCAGAGCUUCUGCAGGCCGGCUUCAAGACAGACACUGUCCAAGAACCGAAAAAGCCAGAAUUCCUAUCGAAAAAAGCGCCUUUGUCUUGGGCUGUGUUGAUGAGACAGGUGUCAGAUUCAAAAGUCUACGACAAGACCACUGUAAUCAAAGGAGUUUGCGUCGUUGGGCGAAAUCCAUCGCUGCACCCAGGCGAUAUCCGAGUAGUUGAGGCAGUCGACAUACCGGAGCUUCGCCAUCUCAGAGACAUUGUUGUUUUCCCUUCAACUGGAGAUCGACCAGUCCCCAACAUGCUCUCUGGAGGAGAUCUUGAUGGAGAUGACUUUUUCAUCAUUUGGGAGCCCACUCUGAUUCCCGACCAAUGGAAUCACCCAGCCAUGAACUAUUCCAGCCCCUCGCCUGAAAAACUUGACCGCGACGUGAAUGCCGACGAUUUACGAGAUUUCUUUGUCAAAUACAUGCAGAACGAUGUGCUCCCGCUCAUUGCAACGGCUCAUUUGGGACUCGCAGAUUUCGAGGGGCCCAAGUCGGAGAUUUGUCUACGUUUGGCGGAGCUUCAUUCACAGGCUGUCGACUAUCCAAAGACUGGCGAGCCCGCGGAAUGGAAUCCAGCUCAGCAUAAUCCACAGGAGUGGCCACAUUUCAUGGAGAAAAGGGUCUGCUACAAAUCGGAAAAGGCCCUGGGACAGAUCUAUAACAGGGUAAUCAAGCAGUCCAUUCAAUUUCGGCCGGACUGGGAAAACGCCUUUGAUCAGCGAAUCAUAAACAGGUUCCAGCUAGACAACGCUAUGCUCAAGGACGCCAGGAAGAUCAAGGUUCAAUAUGAUAUUUCAGUGCGGCGCAUCUUGCUGCAGUACAACUUGGCGACCGAAUUCGAAUUAUACACCUCUUGGGCCAUGUCAAAGCCCUCGAUCGGCAGCGAUUAUAAGCGACAGGAAGAGCUCGGAAAGGAGUUUGACGCAGUAAAGCAGAGAUUCCGCGACGCGUGCUAUGAAGCAGCCGGCGGCCACAACGAGGCCAAAAUUGACAGAUUUGUGGCAGCCAUGUACAAGGUCACAGAGGAGGAGAUUAAGAUUGCGCUGUUUGAGCAUCACCGUGGACCAACAAAUGAGGGCGGUGUAGUCGUUCCAGCUCGGAGGCUCGAGCCCAAGUCAAUGCCGUUCAUCAGCUUCCCUUGGAUUUUCCCCUGGGUUAUGAUUCGUAUUGCGUCUGAUGGUAAAUGCAAUCCCAAAAAAUCCAUUCUCGCCGCGGCUCAUCAGCGGGUGCCUGCCUCCUUGCCUCCUAUUACCCCAUUGGCUCAGGAGAACCGCCCUGAAGCCAAUAACGGUAGCAUUGGCCAAGUGCCCCAGAAUGGUGCUAUGAGCGAUGGUAAUGAGGAUACAUUGGCUCAAUUUGAAGAAAAUACGGCGGCAGUAUCAGCCUCCUUGACUGACUUUGGGGGGUUUGGCCAAUUUUAG